AUGGCAGAGAAACCGAUUCUAGAAAACUUUCUGACAUGUCCAGAGUGUUUGGAGGUGUUCAGAGAUCCUGUGUCUCUGAGCUGCAACCACAGCUUCUGUUUAAUCUGCCUGAAGGAAUUCUGGAAAGAAAAGGAAAACAGAACCUGUCCUGUUUGUAGAAGAAAAGACUCAAAAGGCCUAAGUGUGAACUUUGCUCUUAAAGAACUGGCUGAAUCAUUUGCUGGGAGUCUGAAAGUUGGAUCAUCUGAGACAGAAAAAGGAGAACAGAAGGUGGAGGUGGUCUGCAGCAAACAUCCAGAAGAACCUAAACUGUUCUGUAAAGAUGAAAACAGAGCUGUGUGUCUGGUCUGUGAUUUUCCUCAUCAACAUGAACACACUGUGGUUCCUGUAGAAGAAGCAGUUACUGAAAUGAAGGAUGAGCUGAAAUCUGACUUAAAGUCUCUACAGGAAAAGAAGAAGAAAUAUGAGGAAACACAGAAAACAUACAAGGAAAUAAUGGAACACUUAAAGAAUCAGGUUUUGUGGACAGAGAGUCAGAUCAGAGCAGAGUUCAACAAACUCCAGCAGUUCCUGAAAGAGGAAGAGGAGUCCAGACUGGCAGCUCUGAGGGAGGAAGAGGAGCAGAAGAGGAGGAGUGUGAUGAGAGAGAUGAAGAGGAUUGAGGAGCAGAUGUCCUCUGUGUCAGACAGUAUCUGUGCUGUUGAAGAAGAGCUGCAGAAAGCCAGCGCUCCAUUCCUCAUCAGUUGUAAAGACACUCAGAGCAGAGCCCAGUGCUCAGUGUCAGAGCCACAGCUGAUCUCAGGAGCACUGAUCCAUGUGGACAAACACCUGGGCAACCUGUCCUUCAGAGUCUGGGACAAGAUGAGGGACAAGGUCCACUUCAGCCCCGUCAUCCUGGACCCAAACACUGCACAUGGAUGGCUUCAUCUGUCUGAUGAUCUGACCAGUGUGAGAAAUGGAGACACUUAUCAGCAGGUUCCUGAUAAUCCAGAGAGAAACAAUCACUAUGCCAGUGUUCAUGGAUGUGAGGGCUUCACCUCAGGGAAACACAGCUGGGACGUGGAGGUGAGAGACCAUCUGAGGUGGACUUUAGGUUUGGUUAAAGAGUCAGUUAACAGGAAGGGAGAGUUGUUAGCUUCACCAGAAUGUGGAAUCUGGUGUUUAAAGCAUAACAGUGGAAAAUACACUAAUGGUCUUGGUCAGACAAUGAAAGUGAAGACGAGUCCACAGAGGGUCAGAGUUGAACGGGACUAUGACAGGGGGGAGGUGUCCUUCAACAACGCUGAUGAUAAGACUCACAUCUGCACCUACAGAGACACUUCCACUGAGAAACUCCACGUGGACAAACACCUGGGCAACCUGUCCUUCAGAGUCUGGGACAAGAUGAGGGACAAGGUCCACUUCAGCCCUGUCAUUCUGGACCCAAACACUGCAGAUGGAUGGCUUCAUCUGUCUGAUGAUCUGACCAGUGUGAGAAAUGGAGACACUUAUCAGCAGGUUCCUGAUAAUCCAGAGAGAAACACUAAAUAUCCUGAUGUUUAUGGAUCUGAGGGCUUCACCUCAGGGAAACACAGCUGGGAUGUGGAGGUGGGAGACCAUCCCGGAUGGAACAUUGGUUUGGUUAAAGAGUCAGCUGACAGGAAGGGAGAGAGAUAUGUUUCACCAAAAUACGGAUUCUGGUGUUUAUGCCAUCACAGUGGAAAAUACACUAAUGUUCUUGGUCAGACUGUGACAGUGCAGACGAGUCCACAGAGGAUCAGAGUUGAACUGGACUAUAACAGGGGGGAGGUGUCCUUCUACAACACUGAUGAUAAGACUCAGAUCUACACCCACAGAGACACUUUCACUGAGAAACUCUACCCUUAUUUCAGUGUUGGAAAGGCUGGUGUGGCCGAGGACACAUAG